UAAAAUGGCGUCUCUACUUGGGAAGAAAGUGUUUGAAAUAAAUGGCCAGGGUCCCCCUCCGACAAAAGAUUUUUUUCAGCUCACUGUCACUAAAACUGAGGUGAUAUGGAGAUCGUGGAAGAUUUCUUUGCGGAUUGAAUUCAAGGGUGCUGCACCUGGAGAAAAUAAGAUGACCCACGAUGACUUUUUGCAUGAUGCCCGCAUGCAGCAACAGGUAGGUGUGGUGUUUGGCCAGCAGAUCCUACAGUACACCCAAGCACUGUGCCAAGGGAACUUUGACUACCUGGAGCGCCUGCCCAAUGACCUACUGCUCCAAAUCCUGGCCUUCCUGGAACUGAAAGACGUAGCACAGCUGGCACAGACCACAAAGAGGUUCCACAAGCUCUGCAACUCGCCAGAGUUCUGGGAACAGACUGUGAGGGGUCGCUGUGAUGAUCUCACACCUGACAUGGAGGCCUUAGCCAACGCCAUGGGCUGGAGGAAGAUAUUCUUUGCCUUCUUCAACACCAAAGAGCACCAGCAGUAUGCACAGGGAGGUAGCUAGACACUUAAGACAGUGUUACUCCUCUCAUAAUAAAGAUUUGAGGAAAUGUUACUUUCUCUGCCAGUAGCACAAGAGUUAUUUAUUUGAAUAGUGUGUUGUCUCUGUGUUUAAAAUGCACUAAUCGAUUGAUCUAUGUUAUGUGAAUGUGUAUUUCAGGACUUUUUUAAAUUCUCUCUGCAAAAACAAUAAGUGCCAAAAGUUGGUUUCUGUCAUUGCAUUUGUUUUAUAAUCCAGUAUGUUGUAUGCACUAUUUACAAGUAAAGCCAUAAUAUUACUGAAUUAAUGCAUGUUGCAAAGGAAUUGUUAAUGUGUUUAUUA